AUGUCUGGCGAAGAACAUAUAGCUCAGGUAAAACAGGCGCUAGGAAUAAUGUAUUCCAAUGCGCCUCAAGCUGAAAAGAAGCAAGCCACAAACUUUUUGGAAUCGUAUCAGAAAUCACAAGAAGCAUGGACUACGUUCGAUUCAUUGUUAGAGGAUUCUAACUUACAAAUCAAGUUAUUUGGAGCACAAACGUUACGCUCAAAAAUCACUUAUGACCUACCACAGUUGCCUGAAUCAAGCUACGUACAAUUGAAGAACUCGUUGAUCGAGUUGAUUUUGCGGUAUCCUAACCAGACCGAUAGGCUUAUUAGAACUCAGCUCUGUAUCUCGUUAUCGCAACUUGCACUUCAAUAUCUUUCAUGGUCAAACGCAAUGGAUGAGAUCAUAUCGAAGCUUUCUUCAAAUGAGAUUCACAUCGUAUGCUUGCUUGAUUUUUUCAAGAUCUUACCUGAAGAGUUGUCUGACGUGAAGAAAACUUCGUUGACUGACGAGGAGUUCAAUGCAAGGACAAAGCAACUUAUAAGCGAUAAUGUAGAUCGCGUACUACUCAUUUUGAAAAACCUUGCGGAUAAAAAUUCAAGUGCGAAUUUAAACUCCUACAUUUUAGGCUGUUUGAAUAGUUGGAUCAAAGAAUGUCCCAUCGAAAGCAUAUUGCAUGUCAACUCGUUGACCACAUUAAUAUUUCAGUCUUUGACAGUUGAAGAGACGUUUGAUCAAUCAAUUGAGUGCUUGUGUACCAUCAUGAGGGAAACGAGGGACCUCGAAAACUACGAAUUAAUAGAUGCAUUAUAUCAACAAAUAUUACAACUUCAUGGAUAUAUGAGCUUGAAUAAAGAAAAGUUGGAAGAUCCAGAGACUUUCAGCAGCCUCACUAGGCUAUAUGUGGAAGCAGGUGAAGCUUGGCACGUGUUGAUUGCUAAAAAUCCUCUGCAUUUUAAGCCAUUAGUUUCGAUAUUGUUGGAAUGCUCUAAAUAUGAAGAGGACUUAGAUGUUGUAAAAUACACCUUUUAUUUUUGGUAUCUUUUAAAACAGAUUAUUGUCUUACCUAAGUUUCAAGAACCCAAGUUGGAGUUUCUGCAAAUUUAUCUUGAUUUGAUAGCGGUAAUCGUAAAACAUUUGACCUACCCAAUCGAUUAUGCAGAUGACAACUUAUUUGAUGGAGAUAAGGAACAGGAGGACAAAUUCAAGGAAUUCAGAUAUGAAAUGGGAGAUGUUUUGAAAGACUGCUGUGCUGUCGCGGGUGCAAGAAAAUCGUUAGAAGUACCUUUUUCACAAGUACAGCACAUUCUUUCUACAUCGUCUCAAGAUGCCAAAUGGCAAUACAUCGAAGCGCCGUUAUUUGCUAUGAGAGCCAUGGCGAAAGAGGUACCUUUGAAGGAAAAUUCUAUUCUACCUGUAAUUAUGAAGGUCUUAUUUCAAUUACCUGAGCACCCUAAAGUUAGGUAUGCUGCAACUUUGGUGUUGGGCCGUUACACUGAAUGGACUUCAAAGAAUCCUGAAUUUUUGGAACCGCAGUUGAACUAUAUUAUCAAGGGCUUUCAAUUACCUGAUUUGGAGAGCAGUAAUGAUAUUAUAGUUGCUGCAUCACACGCCUUAAUGUACUUCUGCCAAGAUUGUUCCGAAUUAUUGGUUAACUACUUGGAACAACUAUACAUGCUCUAUGGUCAAAUAAAGAAUCAAUUGGAUAUUGAGUCGACUUAUGAAUUAGCGGAUGGUAUAGCACAUGUCAUCAAAAAAAUACCAUCUGAGAAUAUGUUCAAAGCCACAGAAAUGUUUUUGGCACCCACAAUGGAGUUACUAAACAAUCUUUUAAAGAAUAAUGAUGCAAAUGAUGAAGCCACAAACAUUAAUAUAGCAGACCAAAUUGAAGUUGUAUCGACGUUUGUCCGUGUAUUAAGAUGCUCUGAAUUUGAGAAACCUCAAUAUCCGAUUGCAAGCUUCUUUAUUGAGAAGGUUUGGUUAACAGCUCAUGAUUUGCUUUCAAAGUUCGGUAAGUCAUUAAAAGUUAGUGAAAGGAUUUCAAAAUUGAUCAAAUGUGCAAUUCAAUCAUUCAGCACUUAUCUAAGUCCCGUUUUGCCAGAUAUAGCAAAUGUUCUACAUGAAGGUUUCAAAGAGACUAGGUAUGGGUGUUUCUUAUGGGUCUCGGGGAUUUUGAUAAGAGAGUUUGGAGAUGAAUACGCUAAUGAUGAUACAAAGAAGGCUGUAUAUCAAUUUGGCCUUUCACAAUGUUCUUUAUUCUAUGAUCUUUUAAAUUCGAAUUGCAAUCCCAACGACUUGCCAGAUGUCGUUGAAGAUUUCUUUAGAAUGAUGAAUGACCUACUCAUGUUUUUUCCGUUUGAUUUGAUUUCGAACUUAGAUGUAUUGAAAUCCACUCUCACGGCGAGCGUUUUAACCUUGAAUACAGUGACUGAAUUUGAUGCCCUUAUCUCGUGCUUGCACUUUCUUAUAGACUUCGUUUCAUGGGGAUUUCCAACGCCUCCAAUAUCUUACUUUGAUGAAAACCCGAAUCAUAUCCAAGCUUCUGUUAAACAAUUUUUACUCAUGGAUGAUAACGGACAACUUCUUUUCAAAUCUGUAUUAGAGGGUCUUAUCUUCAAGUUUCCGAACGAUGUCCAGCCGGAUGCAAAUGAGCUCCUCCUUAAACUUCUUUUAGUUGCACCAGAUGCAGAAAUCGCGAUUACUUGGGUAUCUAGAGUCGCCAAUGGUCUUCCAAAUGUCAGCAGCCGCGAAGUGAACAAACUAAUAAAUACAGUUCACGUUGCAUUACCUAAUAAGGACAACAGGCGAGUACGUUCCUCGAUUAAAGAUUUCGUGAGCUGGUAUUCUCGAAGAAAUGUCACACCACGUUCUGAGUUCUAG